GCCGGACUAGUUGAAUACGAGGUUCCGCGGAUUCGACUCCCCUCCUCUCAACAAUGCUUUCCGGAAGGUUGUGUUCAGAUUCACUCACUUCAAAUGACAGGAUUUCGCCAGCCGUCGUUUGUCUCUUUUGGACCGUAUCCGCCUAACCAGUUCGUCAUUCGAAUCACCGACUUCGAUUUCUUUGUCGCCGGCCAGCUUGGAGGAACAAUCUCCGUAAUUAUCCAGCUGCCUGUGGUAGGUCGAGUACUAGUCACAGGACAACGCGUGUCAGUUUCGGCGUUUUUCGAUAUCCAGAAGUCAGUGAAUGACCAGCCAUACCUCCGAAUGACAGGAUGCCAAAUAGACGGCGGCGUCGUGCAGACAAGGGUAGCAGAUGUGGGUCUGUUCACUGACACCAUCAACUCCAAAUAUCAGGGUGCCAUGUCGGCGUCAUCCAAGGUUCAGCUCCAGGAGGCUAUCUGUGAGAACAUCUACCGCCUCACUCAACAGCACUUCUCCAGCCGUCUCUCAAAGCUGCCUACACGAGUUUCUGCUCGUUCACUGUUCAAAACAUUCUUCAACGUAUACGGUGGCACAGAAGUGGUAGCAACACGCUUCACCACACUCAUGGCUCACAGGUCGAGCAAAGGUGGAGCAUUGCCCGGAGCAUCAAAUCCCAUACCUCUGCGAUCGGUCUAG